AACACAUAAAGCACAUGCCUCCAAGCUACUCAUCUUCAAUUGUGUCGUUAAGUCUUCAAUGGACUCGUAAGUGGGCUUUCUAUUAUACUAGUGAUUUGGGCCCGUGAAGUAGCGUUUUUUUUUUUCAGUUGCACCAUUUUAUUGUCCGUUUUUUCCUCUGUAACUGAGAUUUUGCACUUGACUCAUUAGAUGUCUAUCCUUCUUAGCUCUAGUAUCCUUAGAAUUGGAAUAUUUAUCACAGUUUGAACUGGUACCAUGAUUAGAGUAAGUCAUCUGUUGCACAAGCAGUUUGCUAUAGGCAUGAAAAGCUAUCAGAGCAAGCUGGUAAGACAAGUCCAAUGUUUUUCCAACAGUUCCAAAAGAUUCAACUCACAAGAAACCUCAUCAAAGGUAUCAUCUUCGGAGCAGCAGAAAGCGUUUCUUAAGGAAUAUAAGAUCCGGUCGUCGUUAGAAAGGCUUAUAUACUAUUAUGCAUCCAAACCUCUCCCCAAAUUUUCAAUCAAAGCGUUGUAUGACCAAUCUCGAAAAUUAUCAGAACCCUUCAUCUUGCAAAAUGCAAGAGAUACGGUGGAAGCCUUGCUUGCGUAUAAUGCAAGGAGACUUAAGGAGUUCAGGAAUUUGCCUUAUCUAGUGAUGUUAAAUCCCCUGAUAUCUGAAUCAUACAACAUGUAUCUAAAAUCAAUGUCAGCAUUGCUUAAUGCUUCAUUGAAUCCUCCACUCACGGUCAAAGAUAAUGAAGAAUUUCAAGAAAGCACGCUUAAUGCAUUUAUCAACAUUCAUGCGGAUACUUUACCCGGCUUAUCCAAAGGAUUUGGUGAGGUGAUCCACUUGAUAUCUCUUGAACAGAUUAAACAAUUUUUAGAUGUGCAUUUAAAAGAACGUAUCAGUAUGCGUCUUAUUGUGCACCAGCAUAUUGAAUUGUCAAAGGCUUUAAAUAGUCCUGCUGGAUAUGAAAAAGGUGGUGAUUUCAAUGGGGUAAUCAAAAAUCUUAAUAUUCUGGAUAUUGUUAGGAAAAAUGCCGAAUUAGUAAAUGAUAUCUGUUUGAUGAAGUAUGAUACAGCCAUUCCUAUAAAGAUAGAUCAUAAUCUAUACCCAACCAGCUAUUGGAGUAGACGCGAUCCUCCUUUACAACUAGAUGAGAAAACUGGAGAUGUCUUCUUCCCUUACAUUGAAUAUCAUCUUGAUUAUAUCUUUAUGGAACUAUUUAAAAACGCAUUUCGUUCCCAUGCAGAAAACAAAAUUGCUGAUCCAGUUCAAAUCACCAUCUCUACCUCUUCCAAUCCUUCCUAUCUAGAAGUAAGAAUACGUGAUAAAGGCAAAGGUAUACCACAAAAUACUUUAAAUCAUAUAUUUGACUAUUCCUUCACAACAUAUGAGUCAAACGAAGGUGAAGCCUACAAGACUCUAAAUGUUCCACCCGGAUUAGGAGGCAACACUGUAGCGGGUAUGGGUUAUGGCCUUCCUUUACUGAAAAACUACGUUGAAAUCUUUAACGACACCUUGCAUGAACAUUCUGACGAUGGUCCUAGUAUAAAAGGUCUGUUAUCGGUACAAAGCUAUUACGGUUGGGGUACCGAUGUCUAUCUCAAGACUGUUGGUGUCUAAUGUUGUUCGUCUAUAGUCUUUAAUAGUAAUCUAAUCUAAUGAUGA